GAACGGUUACUCACUCCAUGGCUGCUGAAAGGAGAGGCAGCGGCGGCCUCGGCUGAAGAAAGAAGGUGGGAGCGGAGAACACAGACGUGGAAAACAGAGGGCUUCCUCGCCAGUGCAGACAAAUGGCCUCAGCUUAAAUUCCUCUCCACUGAGUAAAGCUUUCGAGAAGGGAAGGCCCGCCCUCUGCAGCCUCCCAACCGCUCUGACCCCACACCAGGACCCCGGCACCACUAGUCUAACGGAGAUCAGGACAGGACAGAGCCACAAGUCCUCGCCCCGGUUUCGUACACGCCCGACGAUGACUUCUGUCCCGGGCUAACCGGAAAGGCCAUGGGCGCUGAGAGAGCCCCCCAGGCCCAGCCAUGCACCUCAGUUCAACUCUGACCACCGGACCCUGGGACCCAGGAAGGCAGUUUCAUUUCUCCCCUGCAGCCCGAUUUCCCGGAGGGCUGGGAGGGGGGCGGGGCUGGUUUAAGGACAGAGACGGGGGACUGCAGACGGGCGGAGGAGACAAGCAGUGCUGCUGCUGUCCUGGGACAGCCGAGACACCAUCUCCCUGUGACAGUCAUGGCCUCGUCGGCCCGGCGCCUCCUCGCUCUGGUCCCCAUCCUUCUGGUGGCCUCCCUGUGGUGGAAGGCCGUCCACAGCCAGGACCCCUUUGAGAGGUGCAUGCAGGACCCCGACUACGAGCAGCUGCUCAGGGUUGCCACCCUGGGCCUCAACCGGACCCUAGUGCCCCAGAGGGUGGUUGUGGUCGGUGCUGGUGUGGCCGGGCUGGUGGCCGCCAAGGUGCUCAGCGAUGCCGGACACAAGGUCACCAUCCUGGAGGCGGACAGCAGGAUCGGGGGCCGCAUCCUCACCUACCGGGAUGAGAAGACCGGCUGGAUCGGGGAACUGGGAGCCAUGCGCAUGCCCCGGUCACACAGGAUCCUCCACAAGCUCUGCAAGAGCCUGGGACUCAACCUGACGGAGUUCAUCCAGUACGACGAGAACGCGUGGACGCAAGUGAGCGACGUGAAGCUGCGGAACUACGUGGUGGAGAAGAUGCCCGAGAAGCUGGGCUACGACCUGCGCCCCCAGGAGCAGGGCCGCUCGCCGGAGUCCAUCUUCCAGAUGGCUCUCAACAAGGCCCUCAGGGACGUCAGGACACUGGGCUGCAGAAAGGCAAUGAAGAAGUUUGACAGUCACACGCUCCUGGAAUACCUCCUCGGGGAGGGGAACCUGAGCUGGGCCGCCUCGCAGCUCCUGGGAGACGUGAUGUCCAAGGAUGGCUUCUUCUACCUCAGCUUCGCAGAGGCCCUGCGGGCCCACAGUUGCCUCAGCGAUCACCUUCGGUAUAGCCGCAUCGUGGGUGGCUGGGACCUGCUGCCGCGCGCGCUGCUGAGCUCGCUGUCAGUGCCGGUGGUGCUGCACGCUCCCGUCACGGGGAUAACACAGGAGACGCACGAGGUGCGCGUGCACAUAGGGACCUCGCACCGGGGCCGGAGUCUGAAGACUAUAACCGCCGAUGUGGUGCUGCUGACCGCGAGCGGGCCGGCGCUGCAGCGCAUGAAGUUCUCCCCGCCACUGUCCCGCAAGUGGCAAGAGGCACUGCACGCGCUGCACUACAUGCCAGCCACCAAGGUGUUCCUGAGCUUCCGCCGACCCUUCUGGCACGACGAGCACAUCCUGGGCGGCCACUCCAACACCGACCGCCCCUCGCGCAAGAUCGUCUACCCGCCUCCGGGCGAGGGCGCGCUGCUCCUGGCUUCUUACACGUGGUCAGAUGCAGCGGCCACCUUCUCUGGCCUGACCCUGGAAGAGGCGCUGCAGGUGGCGCUUGAGGACGUGGCGGCGUUGCACGGGCCGAUUGUGUAUCGGCUCUGGGACGGCACCGGUGUUGUGAAGCGCUGGGCGGAUGACCCGCACAGCCAGGGUGCCUUUGUGGUGCAGCCGCCGAUGCUCGGGGAAGAUGCCGACAGGGAGUCCUGGGAGGAGUUCAACUGGGCCAUUCCCUAUGGGCGCAUCUACUUUGCUGGCGAGCACACUGCCUACCCGCACGGCUGGGUGGAGACGGCCGUCAAGUCGGCGCUGCGUGCCGCGGUGUUGAUCAACAGCGAGGAGAAACCUCUGCCCGGGGACGUGGGGUCCGUGCGUAUGGCGGAGGCACCUGUGGACAGCCACACCCUGUGCGAAUCUGAAAAGGGAGGGGCCGCCCCCGCUCCAGAUGUAUAUAUCACCGCGCAGUCCACAACCGGCUAGAUAACCCGGUAUUAAAGUAUUUUCGGAAAAAGCCCUGUGGUCUUGCCCCCUCCCUGAUGCAGCUGCUUC